GAGGCGCCUGCCCGCCCUGCCUGCCUGCCUGCCGGUGACUUGGAGCUCCCCCGGCUGCGCGCCGCCCUUGGCCAUUGGCUGGGGAUGUGGCUCUGGACAGCGGCGCCCAACUUCUCCGCGGAUCGGCGUGACUCUGGGUUAUGGGCAAGUCAGAAAGUCAGAUGGAUAUAACUGAAAUGAACUCUCCAAAACAAAAGAAAAAACCACGAUGGAGUGCAAUGGAAAUUGGGCUUGUGGUUGUAGUAAUCCUCCUUGCUAUCGUGGGCAUCACCAUGAUAAUUCUGUAUGCCACCCGUUCCGAUGCUGUCUGUGUAUCUUCCGAUUGUGUAACAUCAGCUGCCCGAAUCCUAGAGAACAUGGAUCCUACAUCAGAACCUUGCAAAGAUUUUUACCAGUAUGCUUGUGGGGGAUGGCUAAAGAAGAACAUCAUCCCAGAAACAAGCUCCCGUUACAGUAACUUUGACAUUUUAAGAGAUGAACUCGAAGUUGUUUUGAAAGAUGUCCUCAGUAAGGAAAACAGCAGUGACAUAACAGCUAUUCAAAAAGCAAAAACUCUCUACAGAUCUUGUGUAAACGAAACUGCUAUUGAUCUCAGAGGAGGGAAACCUCUCAUUGACAUAUUGUACACUAUUAAUGACUGGCCUGUAGCAACAGACAACUGGGACCAAACAUAUGGUACCAGUUGGACAGCUGAGAAGUCUAUUUCACUGCUGAAUGCCAAGUAUGGGAAAAGGGUUAUCAUUAACCUGUUUGUUGGCACAGAUGAUAAGAACUCCACACAACACAUACUUCAUAUUGAUCAGCCUGGACUUGGACUGCCCUCCCGGGACUACUAUGAAUGCACUGGGUUGUACAAGGAGGCAUGUUCAGCCUACGUUGAUUUCAUGAUUUCUGUAGCAAAACUGAUCCGCACUGAAAGAAAUCUCACCAUCAAUGAGACCCAGAUUUCUAUGGAAAUGAAAAGAAUCAUGGAUUUGGAAAAAGAAAUUGCAAAUGCUACAACCAAAUCUGAUGAGAGGGUUGACCCCCUUCUGCUAUACCACAAAAUGACAUUUGAUGAUGUCCAAAAGAACUUCACUUUGGAAAUCAAUCACCAGCAAUUCGACUGGUUAACAUUUGUAAAUUAUGUAAUGACAGCUGUGAACAUCAGUAUUCAAAAUACAGAAGAUGUGAUCGUUUAUGCUCCAGAAUAUCUAAUCAAACUAAAGCCUAUUCUUAUUAAAUACACUCCCAGAGAACUUCAAAACUACAUGAGCUGGCGAUACAUAAUGGAUCUGGUAAACACUCUAAGCCAAAACUACAAGGACACAAGAUCUACUUACCGUAAGGUGCUCUAUGGCACAACCUCAGACACUGCUGCAUGGCGCCGCUGUGCCAACUAUGUCAAUGGCAACAUGGAGAACGCUGUGGGAAGGCUGUAUGUAGCAGCAGCAUUUGCUGGAGAGAGUAAACACAUGGUACAAGAUAUGAUUACACAAAUCCGUGAGGUUUUCAUAAAAACACUGGAUGAAUUGAGUUGGAUGGAUGCAGAAACCAAAAAAAGAGCAGAAGAAAAGGCUGUAGCCAUUACAGAAAGAAUCGGCUACCCUGAUGAGAUCAUGGCAGAUAAUGAUAAGCUGAAUAACGAAUACAAAGAUCUGAACUACAAAGAAAAUGAAUAUUUUGAGAACAUAAUUCAAAAUUUAGUGUUUGACCAGAAGCAAAGGCUGAAGAAGCUCAGAGAGAAGGUGGACAAGGAAGAGUGGAUAAGUGGAGCAGCUGUAGUCAAUGCCUUUUAUUCAGCAAACAGGAAUCAGAUUGUCUUCCCUGCAGGUAUUUUGCAGCCACCUUUCUUUAGUGCAUCCCAGCCCAACUCCUUGAAUUAUGGGGGCAUCGGCAUGGUCAUUGGUCACGAAAUCACCCAUGGCUUUGAUGACAAUGGUAGAAAUUUUAAUGAGAAAGGAGACCUUGUAGACUGGUGGACCGAAGCCUCUGCGAAAAGGUUUAAGGAACAGUCUGAAUGCAUUGUGUACCAGUAUGGAAACUUCACAUGGGAUCUAGCUGGAGGACAACAUCUGAAUGGAAUCAAUACCCUUGGAGAAAACAUUGCAGAUAAUGGUGGCAUUAGACAAGCUUACAAGGCCUAUGAAAACUUUGUUAAAAAGAAUGGGAAAGAGAAACUGCUUCCAGGCCUUGACUUCAGCCACAAGCAGCUGUUUUUCCUGAACUUUGCCCAGGUAUGGUGUGGAACGUUCAGGCCGGAAUAUGCUGUCAAUGCCAUUAAAACAGAUUCACACAGCCCGGGCAAUUUCAGGGUCCUGGGGACAUUGCAGAACACUCCAGAGUUUUCAGAGGCCUUUCAAUGCACCAACACAGACUACAUGGAUCCUAAGAAAAAGUGCCGUGUUUGGUGACAGAACAAUGAACAAUGCAACCCAAAGGACAAAACUUCCCAGGGAUCUGGAACAUGUUGUGGGUGGCAGAAGUGGAUUUGCCACAGAAGGAACAACAAAGAAACAUUGAGAGCACCAAAGCAAAUGCAGCCUCCGGAAGGAAAGACAGACUGCAAAGAUAGCCAGUGCCAACUAUUAUUCUGACUAAACUCGGGAAACUAUAAAUCACUGCGUACAUAAAAUUCCUGCACUUAAGGUGUUAUAGUUUAGUUCUGAAAAUCAUUUUUACCUGCAGGCUUUAUUUUAUGUUUUACCCCGUUCUUCAACACAACUGCUUGAAAGCAAGUCUCGUGGAACUCCAUGGAACUUGCUUCCAUGGAAGUAUACUUAGCAUCACAGCCUUAACAACCUGCUGCCCUGGGAAUGUGCACUGAUAUUUCUAAUCAGACAGAAAGGAACACCAAGGAAGAUGUUACCUUCGACAUGGAAACAUAAGAAUGAGUCAAGAGUUUACAUCCAAGUGUUGGAUUCUCUAAUAUCUCUUAUCACGGUUCAUGUGCUUUACCAAAUGUUUGUUUUCCAGAGGUGGCCUUAGAAACUGAAUGAACAAAGAGAAAUCUGUUGGGGCCUAAAUAUUCAACAUUUAUGAGCAUUCCAAAUUCAAUGCAUUCCAAACCUUGUUGACAUCUGCACAUCUUCAUGAAAUAGUAAACAUAUAUGUGAAGCUGCCUUAUACUGAAUCAGAUCCUUCACCUAUCAAGGUCAGUCUAGUGAGCUCUGGCUGGCAGUGGCUCUGCAGGGUUUCAGGUAGAGGUCAUUCACACCACUUAUCUCUCUCUUGUAAUGGAAGAUGCCCAGGAUCAAACCUGCAGCCUAGAUGACCUACCACUGGCCUUUACAACCUAUGAUCCCAAACCAGUUGUAAGAUAAGUAGUCAUGUAUAACAACUGGUGGCCCUUGAUGUAGAUGUCCAUCUCUCCUGGCUUCAAGAGAUGCACCUAGGCAGCAACAGGGUUCAGAUUAGUAUUGUAAUGUGUGCGUAUGUAAAGUGCAGUCAAGUCACAGCUGAUUUAUGGUAACCCUGCAGGGUUUUAUAGGCAAAAGACUCACAGAGGUGGUGUGCCAUUGCAUUCCACUGCACAGCAACCUCCUUGGUGACCUCCCAUCCAAAUACUAACCAGGGCUGACCGUGCUUAUCUUCCAAGAUCUGAUGAGAUCAGGUAGCCUGGGCCUCAAGGUCAGGGCAGUAUUGUAAUACAGAUGGUGAUUUGCACUAGAGGUACAACAGCAACACGCUCUUGUGGCUUGCAUGGAUUGAUCUUUCAUGUGGGGGUUGGGGCAUAUAUAUGGGCCCUGAUCUGUCCCUCUUUUUAAAAUAUCCUUACCUUUCCUUGCACUGCCAUGUUGCUGGAACAGGGAAAAACCAUGAAGUAAACCUUCCUCUCUCUUGUUGCUUCUAUAGCUUUUGUCUUAAUGGGAGAUGGGUAGUGGAGUGAAAGAUUUCUCUCUUCUGUCUUCAUUAUCCAUGAAGCAAGGGACCUCUGCCUGUGCCAGAUGCAUGUGUUCUGUGGACUCCACUCUAAGGCCUCUUCUGUUUCUUUUCAUUUUAUGUGCAACCGUUAACAUGAGAAAAAUCCAAAGACAAAUUGCAAUUUACUUAAGUGAUUAUCUAUUGACCAAAUUUGCUGUUUGCUACUUUUCAGCCAAAAUGAUACUGUGUGUAAUUUUUAAAACAUUUGUUGUAAUCACAAUGGUUUUCAUCAAAGACCUCUUCACACUUUUUUCUAAGAUUUUCCUGCUUUCUUUCAAAGCUUGCUCUUUUAGGGGACUGGGGAGAUUUGUAAUAAUAUACAAGAUCACACUUUUUAUAUUUAAUUCUGAACUACAUGGGAUGUGGUUCGGGCCAUAUCACUGGGGUAUCAGAAUACAAACUAUUCAACCAAUUUAUACUCAAAACAGAGAUCUCUAAUAGAGUGAACAGACUGAAUCCUUAUGAUAUGAAACUUAGAGGCCAGAUCUACAAACUUUGGGAUCUAUACACCAAACACAAGAGUUAAAAUUUCUUUACUUACCUUACUACUAAAACAUCUUUUAAAUCUGUUGCAACAGAUUUGAAAUGCCUUUCCUCAGGUGGCCAGCUACCUUUUUGCUUCUGGUAUUGCAAAAUGCUGAGAUGUCCAAAAUAAAUACCAGAUACCUCAGAUGACUUUGAGUGGUUUUGUUUCUGAGCAUUUCAAGAUCCUAUGCACAUUCUACUUCUCAAAUUUGUCAUCUGAUAAAAGAUUGUAAUAAUUAAAUUUGAAUCAUAUGCUC